AUGGCAGUAAUCGAUUCCUCCAAAGAACAGCUCUAUCGACCGAUUCACAGUGAAGACACAGAAUCAGAGUCCUCCAACAGGUCUAGUUUUAUUGUGCCGAGAAUUUGCCAGAAGUCCCAUCUUUGUCUCGUUGCUCCGUGGAUAGCUUCCACCUUCUCUCUAGCCCUGAUUACAGGCUACCUACUAUUUCAACAAUACAAUUCCUCCGCAUGUCUAGCUACGUCACUAUCAGCCUUCCGAACCGAUCUCCGCGAUGCACAUCCCUAUAUCUCUUAUGAGGAACGUGUGUUCUCUGGGAAGCUUGCAUUUAACGCGGAGAUAGGCAAGGUCUACCGAGACAUUGACCUAUCUACGCCUCAAUAUUUCGGACUUCCAUCUCCCGAGAUUGAUGAUGCCUGGGCUGAUUUAAUGCGAGGCGAGUUCGUAAUAAUGACCGACGAAGAAGCAGCACCAUACACACCAGAGCUUAACAAGCCCCCCCAUUCGGAUUAUUACCACUUUGAACCUGACAUGUUCCACUCCCUCCACUGCCUUAACGCAAUCCGAAUGGAACUCGAUAUGGACUAUUAUUCAAAACAUCCCCACCACCACGGCGAGUUAGAGGAAGCUAUCAAAAACUCCACGAAUUUUCCGGAUAAUUGGGAUCGAAUCCACCGUGAUCAUUGUCUAGAUCAGCUGCGGCAAGCUAUCCAAUGUCAUGGAGACCUAUCGCCGGUCCCUGCGUAUCAUUAUAAUAAUGAUCCAAUUGGACUUGGAGUUGGACAGGUUCACACAUGCCGCAAAUGGGAGCCUAUAAGGAAGUGGAUGGAUGUUCGCAAGGCGGGUGGUAUAAGUAAGAGCUAG